UGUGACUGUGCCCAAAUAUAGAAUAAUAGUAUUCUCCACUCGUCGUAUGAUAAUUUAUUUUGUGACAGUGAUUAUUCACUACUAUACUGUACUAUACCUCGCUACUAUACUACGUACUAUACCCUACGUACUAUACUACUGGAUGUGAGAAGACUGGAGUAUGUCUUUAGCCACUGUGAUCUUGCCAAGCUUGGCUAGAGUGGAAGAAAAUUUUCAUUUUCGUCGUUCACAGGAAUGGAUGGAUUCGUGGUGGAUAUUUUCAUUUCCCAUAGGUGCUCUCUACUUGGUCUCUAUAUUCUCUGUGAAAUCAUUGAUGAAGUCUAGAAAGCCUUAUAAUCUCCGCCGCAUGCUGACAAUGUGGAAUGUGGGAUUGGCCGUGUUCUCGUUCAUUGGAGCUAUGGCAUGCCUUCCUGGUCUCAUAGGAAAUCUCCUCUCAUAUGGUUUAGAGUAUGGAAACUGCAACAUAGAUGGCAUCACCAGACAGCCAUUACGACUAUGGAUGUUCCUGUUUAUUAUUUCAAAAGUGCUUGAACUUGGAGAUACUUUGUUCAUUGUUUUACGGAAAUCCCAGCUCAACUUUUUGCACUGGUAUCAUCACGUCACUGUGCUUGUCUAUUGCUGGUACGCUUAUCCUAUUCUUCAUGAAAUUGGCAAUUGGUUUGGUGGAUUGAACUACCUAAUACACACAAUCAUGUAUUCCUACUAUGCUUUUCGAUCUAUGGGACUACGGCUACCGCCAAGUAUAGCAAAACUCAUAACUGUGCUGCAAAUUCUGCAAAUGUUUGUGGGGACAUUUUUGAAUAUAAUGUCCCUUCGGAAGAGUGAAAUGUUCGACUGUGAAGUUCAACAUCGCCUUGCUUAUUUUGGACUUGGCAUUUACACAACAUAUAUGAUUCUGUUUCUAAAUUACUUUUUUCAGAGGUACGUUCGAAAGACUAAGUAAACUGUGGUAGUUCGUUUAUUGGUGCAUUUAAAUCCUCUUCGUUGAUUAAUUCAACUUUCACAUGUAUAUAAUUAAUGCACACACAGUUUUUGUUUACAUAAUUAUAAUAAUUAUACACACUGUUUAUCACAUUACAAAAUCAAA